AAAAAAGUCUCAAGAAAAGAACAUUUUUAGUACCGACACCAAACACUUCCCUGUUCCCUCCACUCCAGUCCACCAUCUUCUUCGCUGCUUUACUUUCUUCUCUCAAUUCAAUAAUGUCUGCACUGGAAGCGUCUUCUUCUACUCCUGCUUUUGCUACUUCAUCGUCAUCAUAGUCAUUCGGUGACUUCUGUUGGAGGAUUUGGGUCAACUCUUACUUAAACAAGACCCUUUAGAAGCACAAAUUAAUAAUCACAUCUGGAAUUUGGAACUAGGAUAUUUGGUUCCUCCACACCUCUUGGUGCAAAAAGUCAGAAUGCAUCUGGUGCAAGUAGCACCCCUGCCUUUAGUGUUAUAACCAUGAAUUCAUUUAGUGCUACAAGUACACCUGCCAUUGGUGCUAUGACCACCCCUGCCUUUGCCGUAAUGAGCACCCCUGCCUUUACCAUUAUGAGCAACCCAACCUUUAGUUCAACAAGUCCUGCAAAGAUUGAAGUCAUUGUGUUGAGUGUCCCUGUAUUUAGAUCUGAUGGAGCAUUUGGAGCUACAAGCAGUCCUAUGUUUGGUUCAUCCAGUACUUCUAUAUUGGGUUCUUCAAGCACACCAACAUGUGGUGCCUUAAGUACUCCUGCUUUUGUGUCUUCUAGUGUCCCUUCCUUCAGUGUUGGGUCCACUUUAGAUUUUGGCCAAUCAACUCCUGCAAUUAGUGCUGCAAGCAUACCUACAUUUGGUGUUAUGAGCACCCUUGCCUUUAGUGUUACAAGCACCCCAACCUUUAGUUCAACAGCAAGUCCUGCAUUCUUUGUGUCAAUUACUCCUGUAUUUGGUUCUAGUGGAGCAAUUGAAGCUUCAAGCAGCCCUAUAUUUGGUUCAUCUAGUACUUCUAUGUUUGGUUCGUCAACCACUCCUGCAUUUGGUGCCUCGAGCAUGCCAACACUUGGUGUCCCAACUACUCCUGCAUUUGGUUCCUUUAGUGCUUCUGCUUUUGGGGCUUCUAGUAACCCAUCUUUCAGUGUUGGUUCCACUUCAGCUGUUGGCCAAUCGACUUCUGCAUUUGGUAGCAGCCCAUUUGGUACCACUGCCACUCCUUUUGGAGCUCAGAAUUCUCCUUUUGGAGCACAAUCUACAGCACCAGCAUUUGGUGGCACUGGCAUUGAGCAGUCACCUUUUGGGAGUCAACGUGGGGGAAGUAGAGUAGCUGCUUACACUCCAACAACUGAAGCAGACAGUAGUGCUGGUGCACAGGCUGGUGGGAAAUUAGAGUCAAUAUCAGCUAUGCCUGUAUACAAAGAUAAAAGCCAUGAGGAGCUGAGAUGGGAGGACUAUCAAUUGGGAGAUAAACGUGGACUUGCUAUGACCACCUCUGCCUUUAGUGCUACGUGCACCCCAAGGUCCCCAACCUUUAUUUCAACAGAAACUCCUACAUUGUGUAGCAUAGGGAUUGCAUUUGGUGUGUCAAGUGCCCCUGUAUUUGGAUCUGGCAGAGCAUUGGGAGGUUCAAGCACACCUGUAUUUGGUGCUACGAGCACCCCAGCCUUUGGUACAAGAGCAACGCCUGCAUUUGUUAGCAAAGGGACAACAUUCGGUGUGUCAAGUGCCCCUGCAUUUGGAUCUGGUGGAGCAUUUGGAGCUUCAAGCAGUCCUAUAUCUAGUUCUUCAAGCACCCCUGUAUUUGGUGCAUCAAGCAUGACUGCAUUUAGUGUCUCAAGCACGCCUCCGCUUGGUACCUUAACUACUCCUGCAUUUGGUGCCUCAACUGCACCUGCUUUUGGGGCUUUGAGCAUGCCUGCAUUUGGUGCUACGAGCACCCCAGCCUUUGGGACAACAGCAACUCCUGCAUUUGGCAGCAAAGGGGCAACAUUUGGUUUGUCAAGUGCCCCUGCAUUUGGAUCUGGUGGAGCAUUUGGAGCUUCAAGCAGUCCUAUAUCUAGUUCUUCAAGCACCCCUGCAUUUGGUGCGUCGAGCAUGACUGCAUUUAGUGUCUCAAGCACGCCUGCGCUUGGUACCUUAACUACUCCUGCAUUUGGUGCCUCAACUACGACUGCUUUUGGGGCUUCGAGCAUGCCUGCAUUUGGUUUUAUGAGCACCCCAGCCUUUGGUACAACAGUAACUCCUGCAUCUGGUAGCAAAGGGACGACAUUCGGUGUGUCAAGUGCCCCUGUAUUUGGAUCUGGUGGAGCAUUUGGAGCUUCAAGCAGUCCUAUAUCUAGUUCUUCAAGCACACCUGCAUUUGGUGCAUCGAGCAUGACUGCAUUUAGUGUCUCAAGCACGCCUGCACUGGGUACCCUAACUACUUCUGCAUUUGGUGCCUCAACUACACCUGCUUUUGGGGCUUCAAAUGCACCAUCCUUCAGCUUUGGGUCCACUUCAGCAUUUGGUAGCAGCCCAUUUGGUACCACCACUACUCCGUUUGGAGCCCAGAGUUCUCCCUUUGGAGCUCAACCUACAACAACAUUUUGUAGCACUGGCUUUGGGCUUGGGAGUAAACGUGAGGGAAGUAGAGUAGCUGCGUACACUCCAACAUCCGAAGCAGAUGGCUGUGCACAGGCAGAAUUAGAAUCAAUAUCAGCCAUGCCUGAAUACAAAGAUAAAAGUCAUGAGGAGCUGAGAUGGGAGGACCAUCAAUUGGGAGAUAAAAGUAGACCACUUCAUCUUCCUGCUGGUGGGAUUUGCUUUGGUUUGUCUCCCUCACCAACAUAUGGCCAAUCAGCUGCAAGUCCUAGCCUUGGUGGUUUAACUUUUGCAGGGUCAGCUACUCCUACGUUCGGUUCUUCACCUUUUAGCACGUCAACUUCAUCCAGCCUUUUUGGAUCAACAUCAUUAUCAACAACAAAUGUAUUUGGAUUUAGUUCAUCUCCAUCUAUUUUUGGUUCACCAUCAUCUCUCUUCAACUCUGGUCCAUCUCAGGCAACAAAUCCAGCAUUUGGUAGGUACACUCAGUCAUCCCCACUAUUCCAAUCAUCUACGCCUGCAAUCGGGCAGACAGGCUCUACUUCUGGACAGACAACUUCCCUUGGGCAGAGUACAAGUUCACCCAUUGGUCAAGGAAUCUAGUGCUUCCUCUACUGGAUUUAGAUUUCUUUACUCGGUUUCUACUGCUCCAGAAGAGGCGCCUAUCCCUCUGCCCAACCAAGCCACCAACACCAUAGUAGAUGCACCUGCACAAGAGGAAGUUAAGGGUGACUAGUCUUUUUAGUCUUCUCAAUAGGUGUAGUUGGAGGCAACUGCAAGAGCCAUUCCAGUGGAAGCAUCGCUGAACAUCUUGAUGCCAACUUUUUUUUAAGUCAAUUUAUAAUUUUCUCUUCACUUCUUGCAGCUAGAGUUAAGGUACAGGAACCUCUUGGCAAGCUGAAGUCAGAUAUCAUAUACUGAGAAGCUAAUACUUCAGAAGUGCUGAUGUGCUGGCACUAGAAGAGGCUGUGCAGCUGACCUAAGUUCAGAGAAGUGUGUUUUUUAUCCUCUUCCAUAUGUGAAUCCGCAUCUUUUGUGGGAUUCCCAUGAACUUGACAUUUGACAACCCUCUAUGUAUAUAAUCGAAGGGCACUUGUACUUGUUUAAUAUAUAAUCAAUAAAACCUUCUGGUGUAGGGAA